GGUUGAUGUGUCCGCAGCUGGCUCCGGGCUGCUGUAUAUCCCAGCAGCAGUGGGCAGUCCCUGGCCGCUCAGCCGUGCACUAUGGCGGCGGUUGUGGAAGUGACCGGGAGCACCAGCUGCAGCGGCAGCAGCGACACCUCCAGCACUGGGGAGGAGGAGAGAAUGAGGCGCCUCUUCCAGACCUGCGACGGGGACGGAGACGGCUACAUCAGCAGGAAUGAUUUAUUAAUGGUAUGCCGCCAGCUGAACAUGGAGGAGUCCGUGGCUGAAAUCAUGCAUCAGCUUGGAGCUGAUGAGAAUGGGAAGAUCUCGUUUCAAGAUUUUACUAAGUGUCGUAUGCAGCUUGUGCGCGAAAUCAGAAAGGAGGAAAUAGAUUUGUCCGAUGAUUCGUGUAAGAACAAGAAACUGCGUGACAGAAUAUCCUCCUGGCCGACUGGUAGUGAUCACAGCUUAGGUGCUUUAUCUGGAGCUAGGGAGAGUUGGGAAUAUGAUUCUGGAGCACGAGACCUACAAAGUCCGGACCCACAAAACCAUUCAGUUAUGCAGAAAUUUUUGGCGUUUGGGGGUAAAGCUACCACUCAAGCAGCUCUACAAAGACUUCUUUCUCAAAGCUCCUGUCUUACUAACAAUGUGGGAGGAAGCUACCUGGAGCUCGCCAACACUCUCCAUCUAGCAGCCCUGGCUUCUUUAAAAGGAGACAUAGUGGAGCUAAAUAAACGCCUUCAGCAGACGGAGCGGGAACGAGAUAAUUUAGAGAAGAAGCUUGCCAAAUCUCAGUGUGAGCAGUCACAUCUGAUGAGGGAGCAUGAGGAUGUACAGGAGAGGACAACGUUGCGUUAUGAAGAAAGAAUCACUGAACUGCACAGCAUUAUUGCAGAGUUAAAUAAGAAGAUUGAUCGACUACAAGGGACAACAAUAAGGGAAGAAGAUGAGUACUCGGAGCUACGGUCAGAGCACAGUCACAGCCAGCUUGAAGCCAAUGAAGAUUCUCGCAGCAUAGACCAGGACCAGACCUCCGUCUCCGUACAAGAGAAUCUGUCCACAAUGGUUACUGUGGAUAUGGACACCUGCAGUGACCUGAACUCCGAGCUGCAGCGGGUGCUGACAGGCCUGGAAAACGUGGUGUGCGGGAGGAAGAAGAGCAGCUGCAACCUCUCUGUGGCAGAAGUGGACAGACACAUUGAGCAGCUAACAACUGCUAGUGAACACUGUGACCUGGCAAUUAAGACUGUAGAAGAAAUAGAGGGGGUUCUGGGCCGGGAUUUAUAUCCUAAUCUGGCAGAAGAACGGUCACGAUGGGAGAAGGAACUGGCUGGACUUCGGGAAGAAAACGAAAGCCUCACUGCUAUGCUCUGCAGCAAAGAGGAAGAUCUCAAUAGGACCAAGUCUACUAUGAAUGCUAUUCGUGAAGAAAGAGAUAGACUUCGUCGUAGAGUGCGAGAGCUGCAGACCCGGCUGCAGAGUGUCCAGGCAACAGGUCCCUCCAGUCCUAGUCGGCUCACUUCUGCAAGUAGACCGGUGAACCCAAGCACUGGGGAGCUGAGCACAAGCAGCAGCAGUAAUGACAUUCCCAUAGCGAAGAUUGCUGAGCGGGUGAAGUUGUCUAAGACCAGGUCUGAGUCCUCCUCAUCAGAGAGGCCUGUGCUGGGCUCAGAGAUCAGCAGCAUUGGGGUAUCUAGCAGUGUGGCUGAACACUUGGCACAUUCCUUACAAGAUUGCUCCAACAUACAAGAGAUCUUCCAGACCCUUUACUCCCAUGGUUCUGCCAUCUCCGAGAGCAAAAUCCGAGAGUUUGAAGUGGAGACCGAAAGGUUAAAUAGUCGAAUUGAGCACUUAAAAUCCCAGAAUGAUUUGCUGACGAUAACACUGGAGGAGUGUAAGAGCAAUGCAGAGAGAAUGAGCAUGCUGGUGGGAAAAUAUGAAUCCAACGCAACUGCCCUGAGGCUGGCAUUACAGUACAGUGAACAGUGUAUCGAGGCUUAUGAAUUAUUGUUGGCCCUUGCAGAGAGUGAGCAGUCACUCAUUCUUGGACAGUUCAGAGCUGCCGGAGUCGGAUCACUAGCUGAGCAGUCUGGCGAUGAAAACAUUACGCAGAUGCUGAAGCGGGCGCAUGACUGCAGGAAAACGGCAGAGAAUGCAGCGAAAGCUCUCCUGAUGAAGAUGGACGGCAGCUGUGGGGGCGCAUUCGCCGUCACUGGAUGUAACGUACAGCCCUGGGAAAGUCUCUCCUCAAAUAGUCAUACAAGUACCACCAGUUCAACAGCCAGUAGCUGUGACACAGACUUCACAAAGGAAGACGAGCAGAGGCUGAAGGAUUACAUUCAGCAGCUGAAGAAUGACCGGGCAGCAGUUAAGCUCACUAUGCUGGAACUGGAGAGCAUCCAUAUUGAUCCCCUCAGCUACGACGUCAAACCGCGCGGAGACAGCCAGAGACUAGAUUUAGAGAAUGCUGUCUUGAUGCAAGAGCUUAUGGCCAUGAAGGAGGAAAUGGCUGAGCUCAAGGCGCAGUUAUACCUGCUGGAGAAGGAGAAGAAGGCUAUCGAGCUGAAACUGAGCACGCGGGAUGCCCAGGAACAGGCCUACCUGGUGCACAUUGAGCAUCUCAAGUCAGAAGUAGAAGAGCAAAAAGAGCAGAGAAUGAGGUCACUGAGCUCCACCAGCAGCAGCAGCAAGGACAAAAUGGGAAAGGAUUCUGUGGAGGGAUCAGCCUUGUCUUUGUCUGAGCUGAGAGCUUACAAUGACAGUGAACUAGCAGCGGAACUCACGAGUGCACUGAAAAGGGAAAAGAAGCUGAAAUCUCGAGCGCAGGAGCUGGUGAGCGCUUUAGAAAGACUCACAAAGAGCAGUGAAAUCAGACAUCAACAGUCUGCAGAGUUUGUCAAUGACUUAAAGAGAGCCAAUAGCAACUUAGUGGCCGCAUAUGAAAAGGCAAAGAAGAAACACCAGAACAAGCUGAAAAAACUGGAGUCCCAAAUGAUGGCGAUGGUGGAGAGACAUGAGACCCAAGUGCGGAUGCUGAAGCAGAGAAUAGCUUUACUAGAAGAGGAAAACUCAAGACCUCAUACUAAUGAGACAUCACUGUGAACCAAUGUUUGUGCCAUACAAGCCUGCAAUACAGACUGAUGGGUUCUCAUCUGCAGUGCUAUCCAGCAGUCUGCUCCUGGUUGUGACUGGAUAUACAGAACACUCACUCUCCAAGUAAAGAAGUCACCUUCUAAUACAAAACAAUUGGGGCCUAAUAUGUGGCAUGGAGACGAGUUAAAUAGAAGAUCACUUCCUCCUUGUGAUGUCUCUAAUACACUUAUCUUUGUAAGACACUGGUGUGUGCCAAAAUCAUGUCACGCUUGCACAAGCGGAGAGGCCACGUUGUGCAGAGUAUGCUGAGUGGAGAGGGAUGUAAGAAGCCCAUCACUCCUGAGAAACAUGCACCUUUCUAGAUCACUACCAGCAUUACCAGGGGGCCAAUACUGCAGGGCUCUCCACCAAUACAUUAGAGCGCCUUCUCUGCUCAGCCAGAUGGGUGCUUGAUAAAUCCAUGCCCUACAGCUUUAAUACCAUAAACUAAUACAGAGGCUGACUGUGUUUCUUAGUACACUGUGACUAUAAGUGCUUUGAUUUUCCUUUAUAUGGGGACUGUCAACCUGUAUUCAUAGCCUAUUUUUUAUAUGUUGCUUUUUAAUAUGUACAAGAUAUUGUGUUGCUCAAGGUGUAAGUCAGUCACUUACAUUUAUAGUUGUAUUCUCCUGAAGCCGCAUGUGCAGCCAAGCAUUGUUUUAUCAUAGGGUCAGGGAGAAUAAUGACAUUGGGUGGUGGUGCCGGUUACAGUACGUCUGUCUUUUCUGAUCAAUUUCUUGUGGUGGUUCUUUAUUGUAUAAUUAUUAGAUUCUUUAUGGAAUCUGAGGCAAUACAUACAUGUGGGGAUAUGGUCUGAUUUAUAUGUCCAGCAUCAGACAUGUGGAUGGUUAUUUGCAAUGUUUUCACAUUGCUUUUCUGAUUAUUAUGGACCACAGUCUGGAAUUAUUUUAAUGUCAGAGUUUUUAUUGUGCUGUGUUCUACCUGUGUCCAUCAUAGUAAUCUACUUCCAGCAAGUCGCACCAGGCAGAUUGGGAGUUGUGCUGAAAUGUGAAUGCAGCUGUUUAUGUGGUUCUGUAUAGUAACAGACAGCUCUGCUUUUACUACUUCUAUAUCAGCCCACCAUGAAGAUGAGAGGGAAACUGAUCUGAUGCACUUUAAAUGUUAUUUGCUUAUGUCUUUAGUUUAGUAAAAGUUUUGCAGAUGUUUGCCUGUCUCUUGUUCUGGUAAGCUGCACAAUAAAUGCAGGGUGUACAUUCCGUCCCCAGGGCGACGGCUCCAAGCUAGGAUAGGUUUAGUGUUCUCAUCAAAUAAAUGGAUUAUUAUUGUACACAAAUAUGGGAAAAUGCCCCAACAGGAAUCCAUGUAAUACAGAGCAAAGUCAGUAGUUUACUGGGACCAUAAAGGAUAAAUAAAUGUUGUAUCAUCAGGAUAAAUAGUGGAUUAUUUCAUCACUUACCACCAGGCAUUCUUAGGUAACUGGCAAUAAUUCUUGUUGUGAAAGCAUUUUCAGUGAUACUCACUCCGGAUGAAAAUAUUCAAAUUAAAUGCAUCAAGUGCAUGAGAAAUAUAUUGAUAGAGAACUGCAACAGUUGUAGAGAAAUGAUAUAUGUUUCAUGGCUAAUUACUUACAGUUGUAACCUAAUUGCUAAAUAACUCCAUAGACAUUUCAAGUUUUAUGCUUGCUACAAAUAUUGGAAACUCACCUAGAGUGUGCCAUAAAACCAGCACGAUGCCUGAUCCUAGCCUAAACAGACUUGGUCAGAUCAUUAUCAGACAUGGGGGUCCGUGUUCUCAGAUUAUUACUGCUGUGCAGCUAUGUGUCUCAUCCUUGUAUGGACCACAUGGAAAGUUCCAAAGUCUGACAUUGAACAAACUUAUUUUACCCAGUUGGGCCACUGAUAAAGAUCUGCCCAUAUGUGGCCAAUUUAACCUAUUAAUGACCACCCAAAGCCUUUUGACAUUGGGUAGUCAUGUUCUUUAAAUGUAUCUUCCAUCUUUUAUCUGUGCGUAGGAGCAGAUUCGGGGCACUCAAUUUAUGUGGAACAUGCAAUAGAACACACUGUAUUGCUUAGAGGAUGCAGGACUUCUCCCCCACGAUACAUGUGAUCACUGAGGCUGCCCCUCUUACCAUGGGUAAUGACAUCGCCCGGGGCUGUCCCAUUAGCCCAGAUAAUUGGGUACGUACUGCGGCUUAUCAGGGUUUUCGUUACUGCAUCGGGUGCAGCCUCCUGACAGCUACCGGUGCAGACAGGGUAGAGCUACACCUUCGGCUCCCCAGUUACAUGACUGCUCCCCGUCAUGUGACUGCUGCAGGGGAAGAGGGGGGAUGCGGCACUGCUCUGACUUCCCUGGCUGGGGUCACGGCGCUGGGUGCCUGCGGCAGGCGAAACCGAAUUCCCGGAAACAGCCCCGUUUUAAAGCGAAAAUGGUGCAGUUUCUUACGAAAACACACAGGUUUCACUGAAGCUGUUUUAUUAUGGGCGAUCUUAAUUGGAUAGCCUAUAAAAAAAAUAAUCUGUAAAACAUUGGGGAAAAAGUGCACAAAAACUGACGUUUUUCACACCCGAUGCUUUAUCUCCUCUAAUAGGAUACCGCCAUUAAUUGCUUCUAUUACAGAAGUUAUUCUGCACCGAUCUGCUAGCAAAGCUAAUAUUUAACUUCUACGUUAACCCAGAGAACCCCUAAUCAGUAUAUGUUAGUUAAACUGUAAACAAAUUACCACCAACUUGAUAGCUAACAUUCUAGAGUAUGGAACAUCCCCUAGUGUGGAAAUCAGAAGUUGUUAUAUUUUCAGCAUUUCCAGCUAUUAUCCAGGUACAACAAGCAAUGACUGUCAUGAUAGCUACCACCCAUUUACUCCAAAAGAUCUACUAGUUCAAAAAGAAAUUUGAAAAAAUAGAUUUGUGGGCAGUUUGGUAUAAAUCACACCAGAAUCCCAAAUGCACCACAUAUGGGUCAGCUCGGUGCAUCCUGUUGGAAGCUGUUGUGGGUCGAUACAAAGGUUUAAUAAAUCUGCUGUAGACAUUAGAAGGGAAUUCUCUAAAGAGAAUUUUCCAGUAAACUGGCCUUAAAAUAGUGGCAAAUGAACUUUGAAAACAUAUAAAGUAACAAUCCCCUCAUUUGUUCUUAUAGAAUUUAUAUGGUUCACAUGGGUCUACUACGCUUUGCCGGUUGUCUGUAUCACGCCGCCCAGCAUACCGGCGCCUGGAUCCCGACUGCCGGAAUACCGGCAGCAGGGCGUGCGCAAAAGAGCCCCUUGUGGGCUCACUGCGCUCGCCGCGCUGUAGGCACGGUGGCGCUUAUUCUCCCUCCAGGGGUGUCGUUGACACCCCAAGAGGGAAAAUAGUUGUCGGGAUCCCAGCGCCGGUAUGCUGAGCGCCAGGAUCCCGACAGCCGGGACAUCAAGUGCCAUCCGGUUCACAUUACUUUACAUCAACCAAUGUUUUGAAGCACAUUUGCCAUGCUAGAUGUAUGCUGCACAUACAGUAGUAGUCAAAAGGUCAACAUAAAAAAGGUAGACAAAAUUUUGGGGGCAUUUUGGGGGUUAGUGUGGUUAGUUUUCUCAUCUGUGACCCCCGAUUGUAGAAAGGCAUCUGCUCGCCAAUCUUCGGGCUCGGUGACUCCCUGCACUCGCCACAAGGUUUAUAACUAACUCUGUGCCGACAUGGAUAGAGAAGGUAUGAAAAAGUCCAAAUACAUGUAAAAUUUAAGUAAAACCUGUGUCUACCUUUUUUAUGUCAACCAUUUUAAUGUCGACCUUUUGACCCUGUCGACAUUUUGUACUGUCUACCUUUUUCAUGUCGACCUAAUGUCUGUCUAAUAUAUGGUGUCUAUCUAUUGACUGUCUUAACUAGACACUGUCUAUAUAUCAUCCGGAUACCAUGGAUUGUUGUAGUUUAAUUACACAGUGGCCUUCAUUGGGGAUUAUUCUAUAAAAUGCCCAGAUUAAUUUAGCUAUGGGUUGAGUUGCGCAGACUGGUUGUCUGGAAUAAGUAUUUGUAGGUGCUCAAUUAAAAGUCCAAUGGGUACCCUUACAACAGCAAUUAAAGCUUAUAUCUCCUCGCACUUGCAGAGGAUGACUCAACCCGAAACUAACAGAAUCUGUCAUUUAACUGGAAAUGGGGUAAAACUUAAAAAGUAAUCUCAGAUUUAAGGUGUUUUUUUUUUUUGGUUUAAAAAUCACACUAUUAAAUCAUGUAAAUUGAAAUAUAUGCUAAAGAAACAAGUAAUUUUUAUAGACUUAAGGUACAGUUUCAAUUGAAAACAAAAAAAUGGCAAAAACAAUACUUUAUAAAUUAAGUGUUUUUAGAAUUAAAAAGUGUUAUCAAGUGUGCUAAGGUUUUGUUUUUGUAGCAUAAAACAAAAAAAAGGAACACAACGUGAAUUGUACAAGUUGUUUUUUGGCUGGAAACCAAUUAAAACUAUUUUUCAGCGAUAACAUUUUUUUUUUUGUAUGGAAAUUAUGUUCAAACUUUGAUGUACACUUAAGAAAAAACCUUUCAGUAUUAAAAAAUGAUUUUUAAAAAGUUUUUUAUAUGCAAUAAAUUCUGUCAAAUAUAUAACAGCAAUGAUUAAAAAAGCUGUUACAAACUUUAUAGAAUACAGAAUAAUUCUUACUCAAAACACCAUUCAAUUUUAUUUUUAACAUACUAUUUUUUAACUCCCAUUAUGUUUAAAAAAAAAAAACACAAAAAUUUACUGAUCUAAUACUUCUGCAGAACGGGAUCUAAUGUUUGCAAUUUUUUUUAUACAUUUUUAAUAAAACCUGGGACUAGAUUCAUUAAAUGGCAUCUCUUUGAAAAACAUUUAACUUUUUUAUUUUUUAACAUUUAUCUUGACAAGACCGGAUUAAAUAUUAUUGUAAUGAGCAGUGACAAAUUUGAUUAUAAGUACAUUUUAAUAUUUUUUUCUUUCAAAAAAAUAGCACUACGUUCAAUAACAUACUGUGAUUAAAAAAAAAUUAUUUAGGUGGCAUCCAAAUUAUGCCGUACUUUCCCACAGUUCAUACAAAAAUACAUACCUAAAUUGUAAUUCUUCUCUUGUCAUAACAAAAGGGUUGAUGCAACUAUAGGUCCAAUAAUCUGGAUAAGACUCUGUUGAAUCUCACUUAUUGCCAGCCUUAAUGCGGCCUGGAUCUAAUAUCAGCUAAUUGCAUAACUUCUAUUGGGCACACGUGUAGUGUAUAUACAAGUACACAUAGAUUAAGACAUUUGUUAAUUUGUAUUAACACAGGCAAAAUAAUUACCACAUUAAACUAUGUUCUGAAACCGAUAAUUGCCCCGUUUUCCACUAAUAACUUGCACUAAGAACGCAUUGAGAUUUAUGUAUUAAUGUGGAACUGCCACAUUCCUGGACAAAUGCUUGUACCUAAUGCUCAGUUGCUUUCUGGAGAUUUUCUUUACUCAUGAGACACAUGUACAAAUAAUUUAUAUAACUAAGUGAAAGAUUUGCAAAAUUAACUUGUCAGACUUUGAUUGUUAAGAAAGAUUUACAAAAUCAAGUUUUUGAUUGUUAUUUAACCUGAAUUACUUUGUAACUGGUGCAGCUCCUAUAGCAGAAAUACUGGACAUGAGCAAAGAGCAGUAAGAUUAUUAUUAUAAUACAGUAGUAAAGGGCUUUUCACUGUUGCUGAUAGUUUCUCUCUAAGAAUAUUCUCACCCGAGUAGUGAAUUGAUUCUUUGUAUUUCGGGGUACUGCAUGGAUUUAUGCUUUUUGAAUCACUUCCUUAAUGUGCUACUUUUCUACUGACUUUCCAUGCCAACCAACAUCAGAAUGUAAUCAGCCAGUUACUAUAAUGAAGGUUUCAUAAACUGUAUUGUCUUCUCAACAGACUGGAACUCACCGACAUUUUUCCAUGCCUUCCCCAAUAUUCCUGCUUUUGUCAAAUGGUCAUUGUAUGUUAAUUUGAUACAAAAAAUAAAUGUAAAAAAAAUAAAUAAACUUCAUUUAUUUAUACAGAGCAAUUUAUAAUACGUUUAUUUUACAAAUGUUCUUAUAUUCAGAAUAAAUACUUCAUACGUGGAAA